CGGCCCGGCUCACCCUAGUGGCGGCUUUUCAGCGCGACGGUGUGGGUGGACCGGGCAGGUUUUACUAGGGUUUUUGCUAGUUUGCGCCGUCGAUCGCCGCCGACCCCCGCCACCCGCCGACGCAUCCCUCCUUCCCGGCACAGCGUACGGGCCAUGAGAGACCUCCACCUCCCGCUGAACCAGACCCAGAGGGUCCGCCUCGAGGCCGCGCUCCACGAGCUCCAGACCCUUGCCCCCGCGGCCGCGUCCGCCGCCGCCGUCACCGUCGCGGACAACAUCCCCGUCAACCACGAGGACAACAUCCUCAAAGGGCAUGGUACGACGGAUCAGGAUGGGGAGGUGGUGGCGACGCUGUGCGGCGUGGUGGAGCGGGUCAACAAGCUCGUCUACGUGAGGACGCUCCGGGCUAGGUAUAAGCCAGAGGUUGGUGAUAUCAUAGUUGGCCGUGUCAUCGAGAUUGCUCCAAAGCGCUGGCGGUUGGAGAUAAACUUUAGCCAAGAUGCUGUUUUAAUGCUUUCUUCAAUGAAUUUGCCUGAUGGAAUUCAGAGAAGAAGAACUGCGGUUGAUGAGCUUAAUAUGCGGAGUAUAUUUGAAGAAAAUGAUGUCGUCUGCGCUGAAGUUCGUGGUUUCCAACAUGAUGGAUCUCUUCAUCUACAAGCAAGGAGUCAAAAAUAUGGAAAGCUUCAGAGAGGUCAAUUGCUCACGGUGCCUGCGUAUCUGGUAAAACGCCGGAAGCUGCAUUUCCAUCAUCUAGAGCAGUAUGACGUCGACCUGAUCCUUGGCUGCAACGGUUUCAUCUGGGUCGGUGAGCACGUCGUGGUGCGUGAAAUUGCUGAUUUGAAGGAAGACGAACAGAAGCUGAGCGCCGAAGCGGAGACUUUUACCCCAAUAGAAACAAGGAGACACAUUUGCCGUCUUGCCAAUGCUGCACGCUUGCUUUCAGCCCUAGGAUUCACUCUGACUGUUGAGCUGAUAAUUCAGACUGCGGAAGCGAGCGUAUCAUCAAAUGUCGAGAUAAACGACAUGCUCGGGGCUGAAUUCUAUGUCCAGACGGCGGAGGGAGAGGCUAAGCGUCGAGGUGACCUCCUGGGAAAGAAGAGGUAAUCAUCUUGGCCCUGCCUGCCUGGUUUGCUGUAAACUGAAAAUGCUGACAUGUACGGGAUAUGUAAAAGGAGGUAAUGCCACCCGGUGCCCUUGUAGCAUACGACGAUUUUGAGAUUUUGGAGCUUGCUCCACUGUAGUGUGCAUUCGUUUUAAGAUGGUAUUAAGAUAUCUGUUAUUCUGUCGA